AUGUCGAAUCAGGGAGAAGACUGCUAUUUUUAUUUCUAUUCUACAUGCACUAAAGGUGACAGCUGCCCAUUCCGUCACUGCAAAGCUACACUAGGAAAUGAAACUGUUUGCAUGUUAUGGCAUGACGGUCGUUGUUUUCGACAGGCAUCAACAGGGCACCUGGCUAAGCGGCUCCCCACGGAGUCAUGCCAAAAGCAGGAGGGAGAAAACUCUGGAAUCAGGGACUCAAUACUGAAUGUGACAUGUACAGCACAGACUUUGGGGAAAAAAAUGAGCAAAGCCAAACCCAAAGUAAAUAUGAAACCAGGUGUGGUUAAGGUUGUUUCAUCUCCCAAACUGGCUCCAGAAGGCAAGGCAGUGGAGGUGCACCCUGCUGUCAUCGGUGCUGUGAAGCCACUCAGUGCUGGCAGUGUCCUGCAGGAAAGUCCCACCAAGAAAGCAGCUGUGGCUGUGGUGUCACUUCUCUCUGUGGCUAAGUCCAUCGCCAGGGAUGAAGAAAACCCUAAGGACAGUUUUGUGCUGCUUUCAACACAAUCUUCUUCAGAACCCUUGCUACCAGAAGGAUCUGGCCCUUCCUCAUCCCAGGUGGCAUCCAAACCUCACCAACUGAUCUGUGCCUCAACAAGAAAGACUCCACUCUCCGUGGAAGAUAAUUUUGAGAAACUAAUAUGGGAAAUUUCAGGAGGCAAAUUAGAAGCUGAGAUCAACUUGGAUCCUGGGAGAGAUGAAGACAUCCUUCUGCUUGAGCUCUCAGAGAUGAUUGACAGAUGA